CCGAUUCACGUUUAUUUUGCUCGUUAAUGAAAAGUGUCACUGGUAAGUAUAUACAGUAAUAUCUUAAUCAUUUAAUAGGGUUAUUCCCUCACUUCCAAACGACAUAUAAUCAUUUUCUUCGCGCUUCAUUAGUGUAACGUUCAUCGUGUCUUUCUGAAAUGCACUCAGCAGCUUGGACAAGUUUUAAUUGCAGUGUCGGAAGUGGCAGACAAAGACAUCUCCGCCUCGCCUUUAGUGCUGCUUUUGGCGUGGAUAAAACAGAGCUAUAACUUCAGAGCGCGCUUAUGUGUCACCAUUUAUGUCAUCCAUAUUCAACACUCUGGUACUCGUGGUCUCAUUUGCAUACGUGCUCAUUGCAGGGGAAAAAUAUCUGUAAUGAGACGUUGUAAAUCAUGUUUAUGACUUGGUUUAAAAGUCAUAAAGUGAAAAUAUAUGGUCAUAUAUCAUUUCAUAUACCUGAGUUAUCAUAGUGAAAUUAGUUUUUUUAGAUGAACUUUUUUGCCAUUGUUUCAAUCAAUUUGUUUUCUUUUUUUCAGAACUCUGCUCCCGAGGGCACCUCAGCAGCCGCGACCGACUCGGUCCAAGCGAAUAACUCUCGGACCGCGUUUUUCGUCGAGUCUGUAUCUCAUUUUUUAUUUAAUUAUUAUACAUCAUCUCACAUAAAGCAAUUACACACAGACAGACGUGGAACAACGCAGUUUUCACAAUUUGUAACAUACACUCUCACGUUAACCGAAGCAUAAAAUUGUUGUAAAGUUCGUUGCCUGAAAAACUUAGCAAUGGGGAUCUGUCGUUUCUUUAAUUUAUAAUUCUAUUUGCAUGGUUAGAUAUCUGACAUCAACAAUCACUUUUUGAUACCCAUCAACGAGGUAUCCUCUUAUAAGUUAUACCUACUUGAAGGUUCCUAUCAACAAAAUACGGCAAUGGACGAUCCUGAUUUUGAAAUAAACCCAAACCAAGAAAUGCCUGGAAUUAACAAUAAAAACAUUCGUGCCUUGGAGGAAUGCAAAGAAAAAUGUACUGUUAAUAAUGGCAAUUCUAAAGACGAACAUGAAAAGCUCAUAGAUCCUGUAGUCUGCAAAAUCAAUGGUUCCCCGAGGAACUCGGUUAAAUUAGAUUCUCAUACCACAGAUUUGAGUCCCUGCAUGAGUACAUGUACGGAUACAGUUUCCGGGAAAAGUAAUUCGAUGUUUGAUGUUUUAAGCUCAACACGUUGCUAUUCAUCUGACAAUAUUUCGCCAAAGAAUUGCUGUUCUGCAAGGAAUUUGCACUUGGUGAAAAAUGAAAAACAAAAUUCGGAAACACUGCAUUCAGAAAUACAGUCCUCGGAGUACGGCUCUCUUAGUUUAAAAUACGCAAUUAAUACAUUACCUAAUAGUCCCAAUCAUAGCUCUAAUGCUGAGACAGAACACCACAACCGUCCUCUAAACUCCACCCAACAUAAUUUAAAAAAACAAACCCACACUCGCACUGACGGUCACAUGGACGAUAAAGAAGCUGGCAGAAAUUCUUCUUCCCCGAGCGAAGAAGUUAUGGCCCCAGACAACAGCGUCCGGGAAGUGACGUCGCCGCGGGGUGCAUGUGUGAGAGGAGAGCACCCAGGCUGGGCUCUGUGGCGCGGUCCUUUGCGGGGUGCCCACCUUGUGGUAGCGCCUAUGGUCGACGCUUCAGAGCUGCCCUGGAGACUUUUGUCGCGGCGCUACGGAGCGGAGCUGUGCUACACGCCCAUGCUGCAUUCCGUGGUGCUCGUGCGGGAUGCCCGCUACAGGAGAGACAAUCUCCAGUCUUGUGAGCAAGACCGACCACUCAUUGUUCAAAUCUGCGGCAACGACCCGGCGACGGUUGGCGAAGCCUGUCGCCUCGUGUCGCCACACUGUGAUGCCGUCGACAUCAACCUAGGCUGCCCUCAGGCAAUCGCCCGCAAGGGACGAUACGGGGCCUUCCUCAUGGACCACUGGGAUCUUGUGCAUAACAUCGAAGCCGUCGACGUGCCGGUGUUCGCUAACGGCAACAUCCAAUACAAGGCAGACGUUGAGCGCUGCCUCGCCGCGACCGGCGCUCAGGGCGUCAUGAGUGCAGAAGGCAACCUCCACAAUCCCGCCAUAUUUGCUGACCCCAGCCUCUUCCCUGGUUCCGCACCAACUGUAUGGCAGAUGGCGCUGGAGUAUCUGCAGCUGGCCGAGGAGCAUCCAUGUCCUCUGAGCUACAGUCGAGGCCAUCUUUUCAAGCUUCUUCAUCACUGCUUCAGCAUGGCCGAGAACAGCGACAUUCGUCAGACGGUGAGCAGGUGCAGCUCCGUGGCGGACAUGCAGAACGCAGUGCAGCUCCUGAAGGAGAGGAUGACGCCGUACGUGACUGGUCAGACGUCGUGGGUUCCUGAGAACAACUACUUGGAGCAGCUGCCGCUACGGCCGUGGUUGUGCCAGCCUUACGUCCGCACAUCGCCGGCCGAACACGCACGGCGCUGUAGGGAAGGUCAACUCAAAGCUCAACAGCGGCAAGAAAUCAUGAGUGGUAUUGAAGGCAAGAGAGCGCUUGAAUGCGACGACUUCGAAGAGAAGGAAGCUGACUUGCUUCUUAGAAGUGGUGCUUUUGGAACCUUGUCCAAAAAGAAAGCUAAGAAGCUUUUACGAAACCCGCGAAAAAAGUUCUUGGGGUCUAAUUCUGAGACCGUCAACUUGUGCAUUUGUCGGAGUCCGCGGGGGGGGAAGUGCGAGUACGAACUGUGCAAGGCUUGUUGUAAAGGCAAGUGUUAUACAGACAAUUUAGACUGUACAGGACACCGAAUUUGGGUGAAAACCAAUCGACGAAAAGCAUCUAGUUUGCCUCCAUCUACAUCCAAACUGCAACCAACUACAGCAGAUGAAAAUGUCUUAUUCGCACCAGCCCUUAAUAGCAGUGAAAAUAUCAGAUAAAGAAAGAGCGCCUCAUCAAAUAUUUCAUCUUCUGACAAACAACCAGUAUUUUGCAAAGAUCGUCUGUGCAAUCUUAAUUAUAUCGUAGGAUGCGGCAGAUAAAUUACAGACAAAUAAUUGUAAAGAAUUUUUAUUUACAAAGAAUUUUGAGAAACGUGAUAAAAUUCAACUGUUCGAUAACUUACAAAGCCAACUUAAUUUUCGCUUCACUUGUCAACACAUUUUGCAUUGAUUUAUAAGCCUGGCAACUGCACAUACUUUGACGAGUAUUUAAACAAUUUAAUUGUAUUCAGGAUGAUUGACCAAGGGCAGCAGCAACAUUCUGUUCCACUUGCUGCUGACUGCGUAAUAAUUCCUUGCAUUGCUUCAGGGCGAGCUGCACGCGUGCCGAGGUGUCCAUGCAUUCUAGGGACACAAAUGUCUGCAAAAUAAUAAAGUUCUUUGAACCUUCCUUUUACAAGCUCAACCAAUUAUUUCAAGUAAACGAGUAUCUAGCGAGUGUGCAACAACCUGUAAAUAUAUACGACCAUAUAUAUCCACCGAUUGAUCCAAUUACAUUUAAUAUUUCUAUUACACACGAUCUUCUCGCCUAUCCCUCACUAUACACAAUGCCCUCACCUGUUCCUCACUAUACACAAUGCCCUCAUCUGCCCCUCACUAUACACGAUGCCCUCACCUGUCCCUCACUAUACACGAUGCCCUCACAUGCCCCUCACUAUACACGAUGCCCGCACCUGCCCCUCACUAUACACAAUGCCCGCACCUGCCCCUCACUAUACACAAUGCCCGCACCUGCCCCUCACUAUACACGAUGCCCGCACCUGCCCCUCGCUAUACACAAUGCCUGUACCUUCCCCUCACUAUAGAAGAUAUCUCACUAUACACUAUAUAAUCAUACCUGCACAACAUGCAUCGGGUCUCUGAAGUCUGUCAUCGCUUUAGCAACGUCACUCUUCUGAUGCAGGAGGCAGUACAACUUCACAACCUGACUAGCAACAUCCAACCUGAAGAAAUUACAAAUUAUUUUAGUUUUUCAUCAAUGCGAGUGGAAAGGAACAUGGAAUAAUAAAAUUUUUAGAAGUA